AUGUCGUCAACUCGCCCUCUUCACCUCUCAGUGCCUCCCAAGACUGCUGGCAUGAACGAUCUCCUCUUCGUCGCCAACGCUGCCGGGGAGUCUGCCACUGCUGCUGCCAUGUUUGGUGGCAAGCCCACUGCCCGAGUUGUUGGUAUUGUUCGCAGCUUCGACCGCUUCAACACUGGCAUGCGGGUUGAGGGCAACAUCAAGCGUGUUGAGUAUCUCCGUGGCCUCUCAGCUAUACACUACGCCAUGCGCGAGCACGGGUGCCGCUAUGGUUUCAUCCUCACCGAGAUUGAGCUUGUCCUUGUCCGCAACGGAAUCGCCAACACUCCCUUCUUCGGUGAUCUCGAGGUUACAUCAGUCCAGCUCGCUGCCUCUGCCCCUGAGGGCGAUGCUUCAACCCUUCCCCAAGAGACCCCCCUCACUGCAUGCCUCGCCCUCUGGGGUCUCUGCCAACUUGCUGCCGACGACACACCCGCCAGCCAUGCCCACUGGCGUGCUGAGAUCGGUGCGCCCGCUGAGGGAACUCGCCGCAAGGCUCAACCCCGUGACUCCUGGAUCCCUCAACCCCAGCUGGCUGAGAAGCGUGAGGCCAAAAGAAGCCGUGGAUGGGUGUGGCCUGAAGAUGCCAUUGGCCGUAAGGAGCUUGGAAAGCGAGGUGUUCGAUAUGGAGGAGUCUAA